UCUAAAUAUCUUGGCUUUCAUGUGUUGCUGUGUCCGAGCGUGAGGGUUGUCCAAAACCCAAACCAAAACCAAAAACCUUAUUUUUUCCAAAGAAUGAGAGAGGUUCCAUCUUUGAUAUCCUUAUGCGUUCAUUCACUCAAGAAAGAACUCAUCCACGGAGAUGAUCUUGUACCGGUUGUCUUCGAGCUUCCACACGAGUUAUCUGAUACCUUAGUUUUAAGUUUGCCCCCGUUGGCCUUGCAAAACGUGCAAACACAAACGCCGUUUGAGGACCGUAAUUACCAGGAGUUUACUGAUGAUUGCUUUAGAAAUGGAAGAAAACGUGGAAGGCAUUGGAAAUUUAACACAGCAUGGAGGGCAUUAUGCAAAUUGCGUUGGCGUGACCUUGUUGAACAGAUCGAACCAGUUGAUUGGCAGCAGAAGUAUUGGGAAAUGCAUUUGCAAAAUUGCGUAGAUGAGGCAACAGAGAUAGCUUUGCUUCCAUCUUUUAAUGGAUGUAUUGGUGACAUACGAAUUCCAGAUGCUAUAUUAAAAUAUAUUGGGGUUGACGGACAAGAGAAUAAUUUAACUUCUGAUUAUUUGAAGUUAUCUUAUCAUUGCCAAGCUUUUGGUUGCUAUGCUAGACGUCUGAGACUGCAACAUAUACUUUGCACUGCAGAAACUUGUCAUUUAUUGAGAACUGGCAAGUUAAAGAGCUUGGUGCUAAGGUGGAUCAGAUCCAAAGAGCAUACUGAUGGGUUAUGCAAACUUCUGAACCAGAACAGUGAAACAUUAACAUCACUUGAAUUCAUUCACUGCAAGCUUUCCCCAAAUUUUAUCAACGCAAUUUGUGGUUCUUUACUCAUACAGAGUAUGCAAACCCAUGGGAUACAGCACUUCUCCAUCAAUACAUCUAGCUUUCUUGAACACAACCUUUUUUCAUUACCCAUUGGACUUUCAUCAUUUUUAUCAUCGGGAAGGUCCUUGUGUUCAUUAAAAUUCUGUGACAACCAGCUGGGUCGAAAUUUUGCAAAAAUGGUCUUUAAUACCAUUCUCGAUGUUUCAUCUAGCAUAUCCAUCCUUGAUCUUUCAGAAAACAAUAUAUCUGGAUGGCUUUCUGAUUUUAACAAAAGAUCCCCUGGUGGACCCUUAUCAUCCCUAGGAAUUGGCAAGUCCUUGCAAUCUUUACGUGUUCUCAACCUGAGGGGUAACAAUCUACGCAAAGAUGAUGCUGAAAGUCUAAGAUAUGCAUUAGUUCAUAUGCCUAACUUGGAGAACCUGGAUAUAAGUGACAAUUCCAUUGAGGAUGAAGGAAUCAGGAGUUUAAUCCCCUAUUUUGUUGAAGCAACUGAAAGAUGCUCCUCCUUGGCUGAUUUGAAUUUGGAGACUUGUGAGCUUUCUUGCAAUGGAGUAACCCAACUUCUAAAUACCCUUUCAACCUUUAAAGGACCACUAAAGUCCCUAUCUCUUGCUGAUAAUUGCCUUGGCAGCCAGGUAGCUGUAGCUUUGGGAAAAUUUUUGCAGACAUCCAUUGAAGUACUGAAUAUUGGAGGUAUUGGACUGGGUUCAACUGGUUUUCAGGAGCUACAAGAAGGCAUGACAAAGGAGUUGAAGCUAGUCAAGAUUAACAUAAGCAAAAACCGUGGUGGGAUUGAAACUGCCAAGUUUUUUUCAAAACUUAUGUCAUUUGCUCCCAAACUUGGUGAAGUUAAUGCAGCAUAUAAUUUUAUGCCUGUAGAAUCCUUAAGUAUCAUCUGUGCGGCACUGAAAGUUGCAAAAGGUAAUCUUGAGUGUUUGGACUUGACGGGAAAUACUUUGGACUAUCAGUUGGCUCAAGCUUCAGUGCUUAAUGGAAUUGAAUGUAAUGGAAGGCCCAUUGUAAUUCUUCCAAUACGAUCAGCCGCAGAUGCACCUUAUGAUGAUGAUCCCUAGAUGUUAAUGCUUUCUUCUGUUUUUACUCAACCAUUAUAUAUGGGACUGCACGUUGCUGUUUCCUGAGUUUGUGAUCAGUGCAUUGAAAUUAUGCCAGCAUUUUGAAUGUAAUUUUUUGUGUAAUGCAUAAGGCUUUUUCCCUUCAUAGUUUGUAAUAGGUUGUGGUUGUUCACUGCUCAACAAUUCUGGUGUAUACAUUAAUUUGAUUUGAGCUGUAUUAGAUUCAUCAGUCUGUUGUAACCAUAUUUAAUUUCUUUGGCUUGCAUGACUCAUUAUAUUCAUGUUGUAAUUUUCUUAUA